CCUAGAGUAACUUGCUCAAUUGUCUCAAUUGUCCUUUAUAAGGUUGCUGCCUUAGACUGAUACCUCGUUCCUCAGUCUACGCCUUCGUUAUAUAUACUUACCCUCGGCAUCGUUCUUCCUGGGAUAACGUUAAUACCUCCAUUUCUUCGAUUGAUUCUCAGAAAUGAAGUCCUUCGUUGCUCUCGCCCUUGCGGCGUCCGCUUUGGCAAAACCUAUGCCGAUGCCGCAGUCUUCCACUCCCGACGACUGCUCCGACUCCCAUGACGGCACUUUCCAGAUAACCGUCCUUAACGUGACCCAGUCGGCAAAGCGUGGUGUUGAGAAACGUCAGCUUUCCGGUACCCUCACGCUAUCGCUGGAUGGCGGAGUCUUGACGGAUCAGGCGGGUCGCACCGGAUACAUCGCCAGCAACCAUCAAUUCCAGUUCGACAGCCCACCGCAAGCGGACGCGCUUAGCACAUCCGGCUUCUCAUAUUGCAGCAAUAACACGCUCGCGCUCAGUGGCUCUGCUAUCUGGUAUCAGUGCUGGUCUGGCGACUUCUACAACCUCUACGAUGAGAGCACGGGAGACCAGUGUUCCCCGAUCUACAUCGUCGCUACAACCGGCGGGGGUAGCACUCCGGUCACCCAGACCUCGGAUGGACAGCCACAAGCGCCUACUCAGGUUACCCAGAUUUCUGAUGGGCAACCUCAGGCCCCCACCGGGCAGCCCAUCACUCAAAUAUCUGAUGGGCAGCCACAUGUUCCUACUGGAGCACCCGUAACCCAAAUAUCUGAUGGCCAACCGCAAGCUCCAACCGGCCCCGUGAUCUCUCAGAUCAGCGACGGCCAACCUCAAGUCCCAACCGGCGGACCCGUUAUCACACAGAUCAGUGACGGGCAGCCUCAGGUCCCUACUGGCGGCCCCGUUGUCACUCAAAUCAGUGACGGGCAGCCUCAAGUUCCUACUGGGCCGGUCGUUACUCAAAUCAGCGAUGGCCAGCCUCAAGUUCCCACUGGGCCGGUCGUUACCCAGAUUAGCGAUGGCCAGCCGCAAGUCCCCGUUGCCACCGGAAACUACACCGCACCCAACGCCACCACCACCGCUCCCGCAGAGUUCACCGGCGCUGCAGCGAUUUCGUACGUUGGCGCUGGUGGUCUCGCUGCAGGAUUCAUGGCUAUGCUCGCCAUGUUGUAAUCAACCGACUUACUCUAGUUUUCCCAGAUUGUUCAGGUCGGUGCCCCAGAAUCGAUGAUGGUGAUAGUAAUAGUUUGAUACGCAUAAGGGAUACGGAUUUGGUUAUGACGCGAUGCAGACAUGAGGCACUCCUUUGGGCACACGACUUAGCGGCAUCGUGCAUGGUAUUUCUUUCAUGUACUUAGUUGCAUCUCACCCCCACACAUUGGGAAUAAUCGUAAUAUAACGAGCGGAUAUUGAUCGAG